CAAACCCCGACUCAUCUUUUUGAUCGCACCCCCCUUCUCGUGAGAUCUAACGGGAUUGGUUCUCUGACCCCCCCUCCCAGUGGUCCCGAUGAUCCAGAGGAGGUGAAACGAGACGACUGGGACGUCCUCUUCCCGUCCAUUUCUCUUCAYGACUGGAACAUCCAGAUGAUGUUGCCCGGCCUGAGAGCCGCUGCCGACAGCAAGACGGGUCUGAUGAGGGAGGCCUGGCUGUUCGGCCCGGAGAGGACCGAGGCCGGCGUGGAGGGUCUCUGGCCCGCGGACUGGGCGUCUGACGGAGCCCGGCUCCUGAAGAGGAACAUGGUGGUGGCUGACGACACCGCCUUCAGAGAGAAGAGCAAACUGCUCACCUCCAUGGAGAGGCAAAAGUGGCUCAACUCCUACAUGCAGAAACUCCUGGUGGUUAAUUCCUGAUGCUGCGGCCCGUAAAGCCAGCACAAACACUAACCUGAUCAGAACAGGAAACAAGCUGCGGACACUCAAAGACAUCUGGACAAAAACUGAGAUAUUUAACCUUCGUUGAAACCUGAAGAGAGUUUGUUUUGCUGAAAGUAUUUUUGAUGUUAUUAAUAAAUGUGCAAAUGAUGUUUCUGA